CUCUCUCUCCCUUUCUCUCUCCAUUUGGAGCUCCUGGAUUCACUGGUGAGGUCUUCAGUUUUGGCUCUUCUCUGAUAUUUGACGGACACAUCCAGGACCCCAGCUGUAUCAGGAUGAACUCCACAUUAACAGCCACCCAGUGUGCUGAAAGAGAGUUUGAGGAGCAACAAAAGACAAACUGACACAGACACGAGAGAGAGAGAGAAAGAGCGCAAGAGAGAGGACAGAAGGGAUUUCUUUCUGAGGGAUUCCCCCACCCAGGAAACGGAGGUGUGCUGGCAAACUGUCGCAGUCAUGAACAGAAGCUGGAGAUAAAGAUGACAUCUGGAAGCAGCUGAAGCUGUCAGGCUUCAUGUCUCCAUCCUCCCCUGAGGGAGGACAAGAAGAUGAGUGUCACCAAUCAUCACUCCUUCAACAUCCUGACCAUCAUCUUCCUUGUUCUGUCUACUACAGCUUUCUCUGCUCACUUUCGGGUGUGUGAGCCUUACUUCGACCACAAGGAGCGCUACCACUUUGGAUUCCACUGUCCCCGUCUCUCAGACAACAAGACGUACAUGUUCUGCUGUCACCAUAACAACACAGCCUUCAAGUACUGCUGCAACGAGACCGAGUUCCAAACAGUCAUGCAGGUCAACCUGACCACCUCACCGGACGGCUACGCUCACAACAAUUACUCUGCAUUAAUCGGCGUGUGGAUCUAUGGGUUCUUCGUCAUGGUGCUGCUAGCACUUGAUUUUCUCUAUUACUCGGCCAUGAACUAUGAGGUGUGCCGGGUUUAUCUGGAAAAGUGCGGACUGGGGGGACGCUGGCUGAAACAGGCCCGCGGUCAGUGGCACGGCGACGGACAGGAGGAAAGGGAUGGGCGGCCCGCUCAACCCUCAUCACAACCUCAAGAGACACAUCAACACGGCUGCAGUCAGGCCAGACACAGCCUGACAGGAGACACACAGAGUCCAACACAAACCACACACAAUACGACAACGGCCUGAGACCAACCAAAUGUAAGGACCGACUGCUGGAGUCCCCUAGUGAGGAAGUGCAUUAUGGGAAGCGUAGUACAUGCCCCUGCCACAUGGACCUACAUAUCACAGGUGCCUGUCUGCCCCAAGCCUCUCCAUGUGGUCCAAAUCUCACACAGCACAACUUUCAACCCCUCGACAAACCCAGAACCGCAACUCAGAAUCAGCUGGAAGUGGACAAGUUGGGGAAUGAGAGAUUCUGAAGAGCGGCUUUACUGAGAUUUGUGGAAGUAUUGAACCAGACUUCAGACCGAACUGGACUUCGAUGGACACAGAACUCAGCCAGGACAUCUUUGGACCUAUGUAGCCGUUUCGUGAGCUCUUCUGGAUUAAACUCUCUGUAAACUGUGCGGUGUUGAUUUAUUUAUUCAUAGUCAGGGAAUGCGAUGAGUGAUGAAUGAAGUUGUCAAACGUCAUUUAAAAGAUUCAAGCACUCUCAUGACUCUAGAAGUUAAAUGACCUUUUUGCAGUAAAUAUCAAAACUCACUAAUCGUGGGUGGAUCUGCAGUGAAGAUGUGAAAUGAAACAGUAUGGUGAAUGUUCGUUUUUUGACUACUGUUGUGAUUUGACAUUUUCUCAUUUGUAGGAAUCAGUGAGGUAGCAAAUUGUGUUAAAUUGCGCUUUUUUUUUUUUUUCAUGCCCUGAAGAGUUCAUUGUGUAUGUUUGUCAGGUUUUUUGAAGACUUUUGUUCAGUGGUACUCACUCUACUAUUGAUAUUGAUCAGAUAAGUUCAUUUAGACUUUAGUUUUUGAGUGAACCGCUGAAAUGAAAACAUGAUUACACACUCCUUGAACAUGACAAUUCAUUUUUUAGAAAGGUCAGCAAAAAUGAUGACCUUUGCUUGCCUUGGUUUUGCAAGGAAGCCGUAAUCAGCUUCUCAUGCCUGUUGAAAUUUAGCUAAACUAUAGGUAGAUCCUUCAUCAACAUCCUUGCUUGCUCUAGAAGAGUAUUACUGCCAGCCAAUCAGAUUUCAGGAUUUUAGCUUAUGGCAUUCUCAUCAACCAAUCAUUUUCCUCUGAUUUUAGGGUUUGGUCAAUGAUUGUUUAAUAGAAAUGUUCCAAGACCAACAAAACAUCUACCUGGAUAAUUUCCCAGAUGUCCUUGAAAUUUCAAGAGUGACAUCAACUUACUUGGUAUCAGUAAGACGAGGUCUAUAAAAAAGCUCUUCAGUCUUGGAUUCUGUACCAAACAGGGACUACAGCACAACAGACAGCGUGUUUUGAGCAAUAAGUUUUGAAUAUGUGUAUUGGUUGGAGUCCACAGUACAGUUUUUCUCAGACAGCAGCCCAAUUACACUCAUACAGCAGAACCGCAGCAUCGUGGCUGUGCUUCACCAUCUUUGGACUGAGGUAAUUGGUGGUUCAGAAACAAGCUCAAGGUGAAGGUGAUCAGAUGCCCACAGAUUAUGGGAAGGAGACGUGAUCUCUGGUUUCAGCAGGUGUGAGUUUAAUUAUGGUGUCUGUUGGCAGGAGGAUUGACUGUGAUUCAUCACGUCUAUUCUAGAGCAUAUGGAAACUACUGAAGAUGUUUGGGCAUUUCUAAGCCUGCACGAAAUCACUGCCCACAGAUUUAUGCAAAAUGCACUCGUCAUUUACAAAACUUGCACCCUGGUGUGUUUGCUUACAAAAAUGUUUCAGCUGAACUUUCAGCUCAGUUUGACAUCUCCGAAAACUGAUUUUUUAAUUUUAUUUUAUUAUUUUGAUUUGGCCACAAUUAGUACAAAUUCACAAAAAUGUUUGAACAUGCAGAUUCUUUGUGGGCCUAGGCAAUGCUAAGAUGUUCAGGUCAUAUUUCACCUCUAAAAUCAAAAGGAAAAAUAUAGAAAUCAUGUUUUACAUGAAUAAUCUUAAGCAUAUAUAUAUUGAAUGUUACUUUUGUGAAAAUUAAACAUUUUACCUUUAAUCCAUCUUUACUGUAAUGCAUCUGUACAUUUUGCUUUUGAGGUUUAAGUAUAAUUAUUACCAAUGAAUGAUUCUAAUUAUAGUAGUCUUUUUCUUACAUUAUUAGAGUACAAUAUUAAUUUAAAAUAAGCAUAAAAAUGCUAUCAUGGUGGUUUUUUUUUUUUUUUAAUAUAUAAUAUUUUAAUAAAAAAUGUGCAUUACAGUAACAAGAAUUAUGGGGUUUUUGCAUAAUUUUCAUAAACACUUAGGGUACUUGACAACGAUAUGCUUAAAACGGAGAAGUUUUUCCUUUGAGUUUUCCACGUACAGGUGUCACCAUUGUCAAAAUACGGAGCCCCGGACAUGACAUGCAGGAAAAAAAUAGUAGGCUAAAUCGUGCGCAUGAUUUACAAGUUUGUUCCCUCAAUUUACUAAAUCGUAAAAAUAAUUUUUUUCUUUGCAUGUCCUGUGCAGGGCUCCGUAGUCAAAACGAUCCAUAUUCAUACAAAUCCAUGAAAAUGACUAAAAACGCUGUAUUCUGCUGGUAGGCCAGUAGAUGGCGAUGAAACACUAAUGCGCAUGUGCAUGACGUCAUCGUUUUCACAGAUUCGUGUAUUUGUUGCUUACAUGGAGACCGUUUUCAAAAACGUGCACUUUGAAACCCGUUUUCAAAAGUUUGCGUUUUCAGGCCACCAAAACGCCGUUGUCGUGUAAAUGAACGGCCAAAAACGCAUAAAAAGUUUUCUGUUUUUAGUUGAAAACGGUGUCGUGUAAACGGCAAAAUAUAAGAACUCUAAAUGGUGUUUUGUUUUCUUUAAGCAAAAUAUCCUUAUUUUCCUUUUGAUUUUAUUUGCCAUGUUUUGUGAAAUUCACCAAUGCUAAUGAAUGGCUAGAGUCCAAGAAGAGUGCUAUUUAAGAGUGCCACAUCAAAAUGCGUACUAAUGGUGGCAUUUGUUGAUUGCCAGUCACGCUAAAUAAUUUGCCUGAACUCGUAUCAGGGAUCAGCGAGCAAUGGGUGGGUUUUAAACAACCUGUUACUACCUUCCAGGAGUCAUUCCUCGACCUUCAAUCAACAUGACGUGCUAGGAAACAAGGAAAGUCAUCAUUGCCGUAAUUGGAUUCUUGCCACUAUGGGAGCUUGAAGUGAAAGCCGAGAUUUGCUGUACGUGAUUGAAACUGUCAAGUCACCGCUGGAAACCUGCUUCACGUACAAUAAAUUACAGUCUUUAUCUAAAAAGUCUAAUGUCAUGCUCCAGUCUUUACAUCAACAUGAAAACAGUUGCCUUACUGUCAAUCUUCACCUGUUCGUACGGCUUUCUGGCUUUUACCCUGUAACAGGUGGUUUGGUAAACACAGACAAACACGACUCUCAUCAUUGUUUCACAAGUGGGUACUAUGUACAACGUAGCAUUAUGUUAUACUUUGUCAAAUUUGUAGGACACAGGAAAAAAAAUAAACUUUUAGAAAGUUGAAA